AUAUGCAGCAUCACUGAGCUGGUGCAGUGCAAAAACGCUCGCUCAUCCACACUGAUGGUGUGCAGAACAAGGGGGACAUAAAAAAAAAAAACCUUCUGAAACUACAAACAUCCAUUUUCCUAAACAAACCAAAAAAAAUCCACAACAAAAAAUUCAUCAUGAGCUACGAUUCCUACAUCUCCCACUGCCGUCCUUGGGACGGCUGCAGAAGCUCCCGAACCACCACCACCAAAUCCUCCAUGUCCUCCUCUCUCUACUCUCCACGAGCUCCUCCGUCCGGGAAGAGGAUCUUGAGGUUGACCUUCUCUUCCCUGCCUGAUGGGUCAGAGAGGAUGAACCUGGCUCAGACCAGCUCACUCAACACAGAGCUGCUGGGCCUCCGUUCCCAGGAGAGGGAGCAACUCGUGGACCUGAACGACCGCUUCGCCACCUACAUCGAGAAGGUGAGGCACCUGGAGCAGCAGAACCGGGCCCUGCUGGCCGAGCUGGAGGCGCUGAGGAGGUGGCAGAACGAACCGUCACGUCUGCAGGCCGUCUAUGAGGGGGAAGUGAGGAGUCUGAGGGCCAUGAUAGACUCGGAGAGCGGUGAGAAGAUGCAGAUGGAGGCUGAGAGGGACUACCUGCGCGAUGUGUACGAGCAGAUGAAGGAGCGCUGCGAGGAGGAGGCCAGGCGGCGCAUGGAUGCCGAGGAAGCCCUGCAGAGGGCCAAAGAGGAGUCCAGCAGGGCCGUGAUCUCCAACUGUGACGCUGAGGCCACUGUGGUCUCUCUGUGUGACGAGAUGGUGUUCCUGAAGAAGGUCUUCGCAGAGGAGCAGUCAGAGCUGCAGGCCCAGCUGCAGAUGGUGAACAUCAGCGUGGACGUGGAGGUGUCCCGGCCCGACCUCUCCACCGCCCUGCGGGACAUCCGGGUGCAGUACGAGCGGCUGGCCAACAAGAACAUGCAGGCGGCCGAGGACUGGUACAAGAACAAGUUUGCGAGCGUGGCGGAGUUGGCCAACAAAAACAACGAGGCCGUGCACGCCAUCCGGGAGGAGACCCUGGAGUACCGGAGACUGCUCCAGACCCGCUCCUCUGAGAUCGAAGCUCUGCGGAACGUCAUCGAGUCCCUAAACAAGCAGCUGGAGGAGCUGGAGGAGACCCAGACCAAUGAGGUGGCAAAGUACCAGGUGAGGAUAAGUGAGCUGGAGCGGGACAUCGGUGAGGCCAAGCAGGAGAUGGCGCGCUACCUGAGGGACUACCAAGACCUUCUCAAUGUGAAGAUGGCCCUUGACAUUGAAAUAGCUGCAUACAGGAAACUGUUGGAGGGGGAGGAGAUUCGUCUGGCUUACCCUUCCCUUCCCGCUCUACACAACUAAAAACCUAAACGCCACCAGCCCGGCGUGAACCUGAAUCCUUCAUACCCUUCCUCCCCACUCCGAUUUGAUCUUCUCCCUCUCUCAUUUCUCUUUCCUUCCUCCCUUUCCCACCCCCCAACCCCCCCAAAAAAAUAUACUUGUUUCUUUCCUCCUCCCAAGACCCCAAACCGCAAAAACAAAGCUCAUCCUUCUCAAGACAGAUGCGCCCUUGUGCUGAACAAGAGGUCCACCAGAAGUCCCCCUUCUUCUACACACGUUCUGACACCACACAUCAAGACGGUGGCAACUGUCAACUGCAGAGUGGCUGCACUGCGUUAGUUACGCGGCAAUGCCGGACAGCAGUCUCGAUCCGGGACCCGGGUUCCCCUGUCGUUCAUUCACGUUAAGGUCCAAGCAGCAGAGUCGACCAACCGUUGGACUCCACUGACUCCUCGUUGUGCAAACACUUGACCAAUUGUUUGCAAAGGAGGACGUAAUGAAGACCUCAAAAUCUCUCGCUGCUCGGACUUUAGCCGUGUUUAAACUUACUGAACGGGAACUCUCCCCCAAUCGAGUCUACUUUGUCCCGCACCCCUGGUUCUUUAGUAGUCGUAGUAGUCAGAGAACCGGUAACCUUAACAUUUUAUUUUCCACUAAACCUGUUUUUUGUUUGUUUUGUUUUCAUUCAAAGUUAUUCUUCCUCUGCAUUUACAUCUACACAAACGCCGCAAGCAUUUGGUUCGUUUUGAAAAUCAGCGAGUUCCUAUUUGGCUUCGUGUUUAAAUUUCCUUAAAUAAACUUGUGUCGUUUCUUGCUCGGCGGUCUGAAUGUGUAAAUGCUUUGGAAGACUACGGUAACUGUUACUGGUUUCUCCUUCUGCAGUGUGUCUCUCAAGCGUUCGAUUUUCCUUUUGUGAUGUAGGCUGCGUUAAGUCUAGAACCAUGAAACUGAAAGAUAACCUUGCAGUGGGUCCUCGUUGUCCGCUGAUUUACAUCUGUGACAAUAAUAAACAAGCUGAAUAAACACGCAACUGACCUGCAACCUG